AUGACAGAUAACUAUCACUAUAAACUGCAACAGGAUCAUUAUCCUGAGCCAGAAUCUCAAAUUCGGAAGGCUAAUGGCAAAUUAACUCAAGUAAUUCAAAAUUUCUUUACUAAAUCAGCAUUAGUAGUACUUCAAUCUCGAACUCUUAGUGAAGCAAGUGCCAUUGAAAUACUUGCUAAUGCUGAAGAUGGAGCCAAGAUUAAUAAAUGGUUUAAUAUAUAUACAAGUACAACCCAAGAUUUACCAAGAGAAGAUAUUAAAAUUUGGAAGAAUUGUAAUGAAUUGUCGGUCAUACCGCCAAUGAUUAUAGAGACUCAUCUUGAUUUACGACAACUUACUGCUAGUGAAACAUUAGUAUUACGUGAUGAUACUGAUAAUCCAUGGACAGUAACUAAGGGAGGAUCUAAAAAAUUAGAAGUUGUAUUAGAACGAUGGUGUAUAGAAUUUGAUUCAUCUCAAGUAUCAGGAACUACAAUAGAUGAAUUACCAUUAAUUUAUAAGAGAGCCAUUGUAUUACUUCGAAGUAUUUAUGGAUUCCUUCGUAUUAUGCCAGCAUUUAAAUUAAAAAAACUUAUGAGUCAACAUACUAAAUUAACUAAAUUACUGCUCAUUAAUCGUAUCCUUGAUGGAUCUCUUCCUAUAAGUUCUAAGGGGAGAAUAGGAUUAUCCAAAUCGAUUAUUCCUCAUCAAAUGUUGACGACUGAGUCUCAUUUGGAACAAAAGCAUUUCCAACCUAUUCAAACAAGUUUGGGUAGUCUUAAGGUAUCGGUAGCAUAUCGUAAUCAUUACGAAUUCGAUCUUAUUGACAAUGAAGAAGUCUUAUCAUCUGCCUUUCUUACUAUGGACUCUGGCCAUGGACCCAGAGCCAAGUUUGAUAUAGAUCAUAUUGAUCAUAUUGAUCACAACACAGGAGAACAAGAACAACAAGAAGAUGAAGAUCGAGAACCAGAAGAACAAGAAGAACAAGAAGAAACUAAAAUCAAUAAACGACUCUCCAUCUCCAGUGCAGUAUCCAUGUCUGUAUCUCCAUGUUCCAGUGCAAAUCGAGAGAUGUUACGAGAGAACUCUCCCGGUACGAAGAAACAACAACGACCAUCUAUUCAACCAUUUAAAGUAGGCUUUAUUGGAAAUUCUCCACCCCCUAUUGGUAGUGGAGGUUCCUCCUUAGAAAGGAAAGUAUCUAUUACUAGUAAUAAGUCUACGUCCAAUGCAUCAUUGGCUGCUACUUUAAGAAAUCCAAGAAGUAGUACUUCCUUAAGUCAUACAGCCACUAUCCCUAUCAGUACUGCUACUAAUUCUAAUGCAGCAGGAAUAGGUGGCGUAACUGUAGGCUCAAUUCCUCGAUCCAUCUCGUCAUCUCAUGGUUCAACUUUACCUCAUGAUGAUACAGGAUUUACGGAUAUAAAUUCCAAUUCCAAUUCCAACACUCCACGAUUCUCAUCAUCCUUUGGAUCUAGAGCCAGUAGAAGGUUUUCUAAUACAAGUAUUAAACAAAGUACCCCUAUGGCCAAUAGUAAUACUGGUGGUGGUGGAGGUGGUGGAACCAGUACUACUAUAUCUCAUGAUAUAUUAGGGACUAGUGCUGGACUGACCAAUUCAACAGGAGGAGCUCCAUUAAGUGGACUUUAUAUGGAUGAUGAUAUUAAUGAUUUUGUAAGAAUGAUUGAUAGUACUACAGAUCUUCGAUUCUCUUCUUCGUCUUAUAAUGCAACUAAUAGUGGAGUAGGGGUAGGAAUUCUUGGAGCUAUUGGUAGUGGGAGUGGACAAUCAGCAAAUGCAAGUGAUACUUUAAGUAGAUUCCAAUCACUUAGAAGUCAACAUCAGCAAUUAGGAGAGAGUGUUCAUGCUAGUUUGAAUUUACAUUCUGCUACUGCUAGUGGAAUUGGAAUUGGGAUGGGUGGUGGAGUUAGUGGAUCACGAGGUUCAAGUCGUAAGAGUUCACAUUCUAUGGCUUCUCCACCAGCAUCAAUUCCUUCCAUUAGUUCUCGAUUAAAGGAAAGAUCUCCUUCAACAGGAACUCCAAGUGGAACUGGUACAGGAUCUGGUGCUGGAACUGGAACAGGAACAGGAGCAGAGACUUCGUAUUCUGGAUCUCCUAUGCUUGUUCCACCUCCAGCACCAAUAGCCAAUGAGAUUAGAAGAUCCUUAUCGCCAGAGAAGAGAUCUGAUAGUGGUAAUAGUACAUUUUUGAAGUCUUCAUCAUCAGCUACACCGGUUGUUUCAAGAGCUACAGUUCAUGCCAAUACUAAUUUACAUCAAGAGACUGACAGUGUUAGAGGUAUGGCCACAACUCCAUCGGUUUACAAAAAGAGUAUUCGGUAUGAGAAUGUGUUUGAUGAAGAUGAUGACGAUGAAGAUAACAGUGAAUCCGAUAAUACUAAGACUGAGGAAGUAUCUAAACAAGAACAUGAAGAGGAACAUGAACAUGAACAACAUGAACAACAUGAACAAGAUCAACAAAAGGCCCAUUCCACCAUACAGAAACAGCAUGAGGCAGAUGAUCAUCAUUUGCAUCAUCAUUUACAUCAACACCACCAUCAUCACCAUCACAACUCUCAACCUGAUGAUUUCGAAGAUGAUGACUUGCUCUUUACAAUGAGUGAUAUGAAUUUAACUAAGAAUUAA